AUGGAGCUGGACCGCGGGCUGCGGUCGCCCCGCACCAGCGACCAGUGCGAGGCCAUCUUCUUCUUCGCACGCCUGAUCUCCACCUACCCGUGGCCCAUCAUCGUAAACACUGCCGCGCUCAAGCUCGCGGACCUCUUCCGCAACAGCAACAACUUCGUGCGACACGCCGUGUGUGAAGCGCUCCGCCAGUGUGAGCCGGUGCUCACAGCGCAGGUGCUCAACGUAGACGAGGUGCUUCGGCGCAUCCAGAGCGUGCUCACCAGCAAUGAUCCCGUCGCCCGCGCCAUCACUCUCAGGACCCUGUGCGGCAUGCCCAACCUGGUCGCUGACCGAUUGGACGUGCACCACGCGAUUCGGGACUGCUGGAGUUCCACGCACGCGCUCGAGCGGGAAGCCGUGCUUUGGGCCAUGGACAGAGUGUCGGCCCGCUCGCCGACGUUUGCGUGGGGCGUGCUGGAGCGACUGGCGGAGAUGGUGCACGGCCUGAACGCGGCACCGCGCGACAAGAUGAAGCUCGUACACAUGCUCCGCCGCAUGCAUCACGACCCCGCCAUGGCCCAGCAGUCGCGCGCCAUCUGCGAAGAACUGCUCGAAGACUACCCCGGGAGAGCGUUUACGGUGACGGUGUUGGACGCCCUCACUGAGCUAGCACUGCGGUCUCGUCUUGAGGCGUCCUCGCAAUCGGCCUUCCUGCUGCACCGCCUGGAGUCCGACCCUCGCCUCGCCAUCAAGCUCACGUGCCUCCGCUGCCUGCGUAAGCUGGCACCGACGGCAGGCGCGCACAGUGCGCUGUCGCUGCAGCCGCUGGCGCGGCUCAUCCACGGGUCGCCCUACAGCCUCGUCCGGCGGAACGUGCUGCUGUUGCUCGUCCGCAUCUCCUCGCUCCACGCCAUGGAGGAGGCCCACGACUGGGACCAAGUCGCCACCGCCUGCGAGGUAUUGACCAACGCCUGCACCCACGCUUCGUCUUCCCCGCCUCCGACGCCCGAUCCUGCUCACCCGGCGUUCGGGCUGAUGGUGGUGCUGGCGGCCCGGCUGGCGGUGUGGAGUCUCCCCGAGGAGAAGCGACCGGCGGCCGAGCUGCGGGUGGUGCGGAGCUUCACGCAGUGUUUGGUCCGCCUUCUUAAGUGGCAGCCCGCCCUGGCGCCCACCCUGGCCGCGGCCCUUGUGCCCAUCCUCCCCCGCGCCCCCAAGGAGGCGGUGCGCUAUUUGGCGCAGUCCGUGCUGGAGUGCGCGCGUGCAUCAAAGCAGGCCGUGCGGCCCCACAUCCGCGACCUCGCCGCCUAUCUCAACCACGCCGUCGACACCCACGCUCCCCUCGGGGCGGUCUUCCGGGCGCUGCUGAUGGCGUGCAGCGCUGCGGAGGCGCAGGAGCUCGCGGCGCCGGUGGUCGCGCGACUGGCCGACUCCGGGCGAUACUGGGAUUGCUUCCUCAGCGCCCGGGCCGCCCUCGCCCUGGGCCACCCGGCCCUCGCCGCUCCUGUCUUCCGCGAUCUCGCCCCUCGCGUGGAGUCGGAGAGUUUGUAUUCGUGGCUGCGCGCGCUGUGCUCGCUGUGCCGGGCCGAGGCUGCCCUCUCGUCGGCGUCGCAGCAGCCCUCUACCGGCGGCGGCGCCUCGCCCCUGCCCGACGCCGUCCUGGGAUCCUUCUACCACGCCCUCACCGCCCUCCAGGCCUCCGGCGUCGGCGGGUCCCAGGGCCACUCGAAGCGAGGGAAGGGCUUCCAGCAGGCGUUCGUGCACCUGCGGACGGAGUUUUUGGAGGGCGCGUUCCGGCUGCUGACGUGCCUGCGGGAGCUGCCCCUGGCGCCCUUUGCCUAUCCGUCGGCCGAGGAGGUGGCCGCCGGCCGCUUCCACCUCCUGAGCGAGCAGGCCGGCCGGUGCGCCGCCUCCCUCCGCAACACCGCCCUCGCUUACGCCCACCUCGCGCGGUGCCAGUUCGACAUCGACGACCUCUCCCUCGCUACUCUCCAAGCGCAGCAAGAGGUGGCGCAGUCAGCUGCGUGGGCGGCCUCGCAGCUGGCCCGAGAGCUCAAUCCGCAGGCGACGGCGCCGCAGCCCUCAAUCGCCCGCUCGACCGCCGGCACCCAGAUCCUCACACCCAACGCGUACACGGCGACGCUGCGCAAGUUGUGUGUGGGUGUGUCGACCAAGGCGAGCGACGCGUGGGACGGGUGGGCCGAGCGGCUGGGCGCCUUCCUCCGGCAGGUGGUGGGCCUGCCCUGCGCCUACCCGCCGUUCUUCUUCCAGGCCCGACCUGCCACCGAUAUCAAGUUGGCCGUGUCGGCCACGGUGGGCGAGGGCGUGGCGUCGACUGGCGGCAAGCAGGGCGUGGUAGUGCGCCUGACGGGCCUCCUGUCCCAGCCGCCCUCCGCCAAGCGCACCGUCUCCCACGUCGAGGUGACGGUGGUAAUGCGGAAGGCGCACCACGGCAAGUCGGCGGACAAGGGCGGCGAGGAGCGGAAGAUGCAGGUCCAGAUGGCGCUGGAACACAAGAGCUCCUUUGCCGGUACGACCGUGGUGGAGCUCUGGGGUCCGGCGCACUAUAGCGUCUCGCUCGGGUCCACGCUCACCCUCACCGACACCCUCCACGCGCGCUGGCUCCACUCGGCCGUCCCGCCUCGGCCCGUCCUCCUCAACGUCCCUCCCGCCCGACACUCGUGA